AUGAGCCGCUACCUGACACCGUCAAAGGUGGCAUUGCUGUGCCUGGUUUCAUUGUACACAGAAGGAGUCGUCCCCAACAGCUCUGCUGUCCCUGUUCUCUCCUUUCUGGUGUCGCAUAUCCUCCCGCUGGGCUCCUCAGAACGGGCCUCCCUCUCAUUCAAACGGGACCGAAACCAUGCAGUCUCAAUUCAGGAGUUCGAGGAGACCCUUUCCCCCCACGCGUCAUCCAUUCCAGGUCGUUCGAUCUGGGACCUCUUCCUGAAGAAAAUCUGGUCGCUCGACUGCUGCGACGCUCUCGAGGUCUUUUUCUCCAACAUCUCCUCCAUCGUCGAGAAGACGCGCGAGGAGCAGAUCCAAGACCGAGACAAUGGCAUUGCCCCGGUGACAGACCGGAUGCUUCUCACUCGAUGCUCCCCGCUGGGUGCGUUUGUCCGCCGGGCUCAGCUUGAGUUCACGAGGUUGCAGUUCCACGAUUCGGUGAAGCUCUGGAGGGGCUUCAUCAAGUAUCGUCUUCCAACUUUCCGCGCCUGGGCGAGGAGGAAUCCGUCAAGCGAGCAGACGGCAAUUGACGUCAACCUGCUCGAUCUGGGCGUGGAUUCCAGCAGCCAUCUGGCGCAGGUCGUGUAUGGGAACAUUGGGGACGACUUGGAAGCGGAGGCUGGCAUUAGCACGAAAGAUGUUGAGCGAUUGCUCGAGUUCCAGGUUGGAGAGUUGCAAAGGCUGGGUGGGAGAGUAUCGGACGAAAUGAAAGUCCAACUCGAACAUAUCAUUCAAACCGGCGUGACUGUUCCGAGUUUGUCACAUUAUUUACGAUUCCUUGAUUCCUGGAGAGCUGGAGAUUACCCGUCUUCAUUCGACAACCUCCACCGCUAUUUCGACUACACGAUGCACAAUCGUGACCGCAGCUUCUAUCAAUACGCUCUCCUCAACCUUGCCAUCCUCCAGGCCGACUUUGGCUGCUACAGCGAGGCGGUCUCUGCCAUGCAGGAGGCGAUUGCCAUUGCGCGCGAGUCGCACGAUAUGAAUUGUCUCAACUUCUGCAUGAGCUGGCUGUACCACUUUGGCAAAGCGUUUCCCGAGGAGAUGAGGGAUGUUCAAAACACGGGCAUGCUCGGCAGCGAAAAGGAAGGCCUGGCGUUUCUGAAGGCGAAAGCGAAGGAGACGGAGAUGUGGAGUCUGCUCAGCACGACGCAGCUAAGUGAGGCCAAGCUCGAAUUGCAGAAUGUAUAUCUCCGCAUUUUGUGGAAUAUGAAUUCAGAAUCAUUACUGAAAAACGGUCUAGGGAGAAAGCCUCGCGUCUGUCUUCGAGAACGUCGUCAAAGCUUCUCAUCUGAAUGUCACCAAAAAUCUGUUGACUUCGAUGGGCCCUCAACUGUUGUUCCAGGCUUCUCUCUUUGCUCGAAUUGGUCUAUCGCAUAUUGCCCUCUUGAACUGCGAGAUUUUCCGCGAGUGCUACGCGAACAAAGCGCCAUUCGAAGAUUACCUAAAGAGCACGUUUCGAAGUUGUCAGCUGAGACUCAUGCCUCGUUUGCUAGAGAUGACACCGUCGCAGCAGAACAUCUGCUUUCGCAGCUCCAAGAGAUGCAACUCCCCGACGCCGAUCUUUCCCUCAAUCUGUUGUUCCUCGAAAUUGAAUUUCGCCUUCGCAAGGGAGACUACCACCGUGCACUGAAAAUCGUCGAGCAGAUCGCGCAGUCUAUGCAGCAGGAAAACUUUGACGUCUACACGCAGAUCAAGCUGCUGUGCUACAAGGCCCGAAUCAUGGACAAGACCGGUCAGCCACAGCGCGGGUUCUCCCUGGCGAUGAGGGCGGCCAGCAUCGCCCACCGAUCGCGGGUCCUCCCGGCACUGUGGGAAGCCAUCGGUGUGCUUUCGGGCGUGUUGCUGAGUCUGCGGGAAUUCGAGGCCGCCGCCGAGAUGAUGGAAAGCAUCAUGCCGCAGGUCCUCGAAUUCGAAGACCGCUCACUAACCGCGCGCUCGUAUUCGGUGCUCGUGGACGCGUACAUGGGCCUGGCCGGCGAGUAUUCUUCCCCCGGGCGCGCCCCCGACCCUGUCAAGAGGAAGGAGUACGUGACGCGCGCGCUGGAGUACAUUGACUGCUCGUACGACGAGUACGAGGAGAUCGAGGACCUGGCCGGCCAGUGUGAGAUGAUGGCCAAGAAGGCGACAGUCAUGCAUCUGUCGGGGGAUCCGGUUCUGGCCAACGACUACGCGGCUAAAUAUCUGGACUUGAAGAGACAGGCUGCUGCAGAAAGAGAGGAUUAG